AUGGGCAUCUAUAUUGUGGGCACAGGAGUCUGCAAUGUUGCAAAUAUUGCCUCUAUUUCGGAAGCAGGUUCUCGUGCCGCGCGACUCUCACUGCUCAAUUUAAUUCCAACAUUUAUCUCUCUUGGACAAGGGUUCGGCGCUCGUUACCUAGGAGUUUCUAGAUCAACAUAUCGAACAUUUCAUACAGUAUGCGGUUACAUGGCGCUUGUACAAGGAGCCAUACAUGUUUCUAUAGUCGCUAGGACAAGGACAAUCUCGGCUUCUAAUGAUGUACAAUUUUAUGGUAUCCUAGUAGGAAGCAUGAUGCUAGGUCUCUCAUUUCUACCGCUUGUAAAGAAGAGAGUUUACGAAGUAUUUCUCAGGACACAUCAGGGGUGUGCCUUGGUUCUACUUUACGCUUUAUGGCGGCAUGUUCAAAUGCUACAAGUUACUGAGACGUGGAUCUGUCUAUUAGCAUGUACUUGCUUAGCCCCCUGUUCGCUUCUUAUUCAAUUAGCUCGCAUCAUUUACAGGAAUUUUGUCAAGGGCAAAAGACGUGCUAAAUUGAUCAGAAUAGGUCAUGGAGAAGAUGUGGCAUGUAUAAGAGUUUCGCUGCCACGUCCAUGGCAAGUCCGCGCAGGAGAGCACGUUUGGCUCAAUGUUCCGGGUCUUGGCUUGUUCUAUCUGUUCCAGUUCCAUCCAUUUACAGUCACAUGGUGGGAUGAAGACGAUACUGGUGAGAUAUGUUCAAUAUCUUUACUCGUACAAUCUCAAGCCGGGUUCACGAAAAAGCUGCUCCAAUCCACUAUGGCUGGCGAGAUCUACAUGGCACAUAUUGAUGGUCCAUAUGGCCCCGCAACAGUUGGUCCUUGUGGGCUUUCUGAGCGCAUGGGAGACUAUGGGCAUAUCUUCAUGGUAGCCACUGGUAUCGGAAUUGCAGCUCAAUUGCCCUAUAUCAAAGAGCUUUUAGAACAGCGUCGAAAUUCAGGAAUCCGGACUCAGAGAAUUGCACUUGUGUGGCAACUCGAGCAGGAAGGAGACUGGAAAAGCGCUCGUGACUGGUUACAGCUAUUAGUGAAGCAAGAUGAUCAUUAUCUUCUCAGUGUCACCGUCUAUGACUCGUUAAAGCCGCCCUCGCCGAGCGACCCACUGAGCUUCGGGUAUCAUGAUUUGAUUAAGAUCUAUGGAGGACAGCCAACCUGGGAAGACCAUUUAUCAUCUGAAGUAUCGCAACAAAACGGAAGAAUGCUAGUGGCAGGUACGGUUUACUACAUGCCUGUUUCAGUGGAACAGGCAGGGGAGGUAUUGGGAAUUGAGAUUCAGCCUCUGGAGGUCCGUUUGAAGUCUACAGAAGACUUGGGAUAUUCAUGGAAGAUUGAAAAAACAUCUUUGGAGACCUUCUUUGACAAAAAUCUCAGUAAGCACUCUGUAGGAGCUUACAUGCAACUGUACCACGGGGUGGGCCAAGACUUUUAUGCCAUCCACUGUGAUGGCCGCCAGGUCAACAGCGUGUCAAGUCGUGAUUGCCUGGCUCACGUUCAAGAAGAGAAUGAGCGUUUGAACAAAAUAUUAGAGCAGGCCGAAGCAGAGAAAGCCCGAAUCAAACAGACCAUGGCCCAUGUCGAGGAGGAGAUUGGGUUUCAGAAAGCAAAGAACGAAGAGGCCCAGAUGACUAUACAUCAGAAUCAGCAAGAAAUCCAGUACUGGAUGAACGUUGCUGAAGCGUACCGGCUUGGAUGUAAGCAAUGUUCGGAUGCAUUGCGGCAGCUGGCCGAAUUCGCUCAUGGCGUGAGGCCUGAGAUGAAUAUGUUCCUGCAGCAAUAA